ACAGCUCAACAUUUUAUGUCGCCUAAAACAGGAUCUAAAAUUAAAAUAUGAACUCAGGCAAGAUGAAAAGCUCAAAACCUUUAACUAUCGUCAUAAAACUAGGUACUAACAAGCUCUUCUCUUUUGAUGCCGAAAGCUGAGUCACGGGGUGUUAUAGGAACGAGUUCCAUUGUGGAUGAGAAAACUCAUGAGCCAUUAUUGAGUAUUUUAAGUUUGAUUGUGGAAACUGCGGUGAAGCUUCACAAGGAUGGACACAAAGUUAUUAUCGUGUCUUCUGGGGCUAUUGGAGUUGGGCUGCGCAGAAUGGACCUGGACAAGAGGCCGAAACAUCUUCCUCGAGUACAAGUAUGUCAUAUACGGAGUACCUGCUCGGGUUGAUAUUAAAUUGAUGUUCGUGGGUCUAGGCUUUAGCAGCAAUAGGACAAUGCCGUCUCAUAAGUCUAUGGGACAGCUUGUUCGCGCAUUUACAACAACCUGUUGCACAAAUUUUGCUUACGAGAAACGAUAUUGCAGAUGUAAGGUCUCCACGCUUGACUCACUUUAUAUGACUGACGCCUAUAGCGAACGCAAUAUCGAAAUGCUCAAAAUACGUUACACGAGCUCCUUGAAAUGGGGGUCAUCCCGAUUGUUAACGAGAACGACACCUUAGCUGUCGCUGAAAUCAAAUUCGGGGACAAUGAUACCCUAUCCGCAAUUACGGCUGCUAUGCUGCAUGCAGAUUACUUAUUCCUAAUGACUGAUGUGGACUGUCUUUAUGAUAAAAACCCUCGGACACAUUCAGAUGCACAAGCAAUUGAGGUUGUUGAGGAUAUCUCAGCAUUACAGGCCGAUGGUAAUCAUUUCCGCGGUCACUACUUAUUUCCUCUGUUCAUAAUCAGAAGCUAAUAAUCUAUCGUCUCCAGUAUCAAGCGCAGGCUCUAGCUUAGGUACAGGUGGAAUGUCUACCAAAAUAGUAGCUGCCCGUCUCGCCACUUCUGCAGGUGUGACGACUGUCAUAACACGCUCCUCAAGCCCUGGAAACAUUGCUAGCAUUGUGCGCUAUGUUCAAUCCCUUAAGACUUCUUCCUCUGGCAGCAAGGUUGGUGGUCUUAUUUCACCAUGUCAAACACCGGAAGCUCUUACAAGGUCCAAUUCGACACUAUCUAUUACUGCCGCAACCUCAUCAUACGUUGAGACACCUCUACAUACCAGAUUCCUUCCAUCACAUCAGCCAAUCCGGGACCGCUAUUUCUGGCUUUUACAUGGACUUUCUCCACAUGGAACGAUUUAUAUUGAUGCUGGUGCUCAUCGCGCAUUGGCGGCUAAAGCUGGUCUACUUCCUGCUGGCGUUGUAGACGUCGAAGGCACCUUCGCGCAGCAGGAGGCUGUGCGUCUGGUAGUUGUUGAACGCCCUAUAUCGCCUGAUGCAAAGAUUAUCGAAGGAACGGGAAUCGAGGUAGGUAGAGCCUUAGUAAACUAUAGUGCGAUGGAGAUUGCCAGAAUCAAAGGUGUGAGGAGUAGUGAGAUACAUGGAUUGUUGGGCUAUGCAGACAGUGAGUACGUGGCCUUGAGGGAGAAUAUUAGCUUCUUCGAAAGAGGGAGCAGAAGUGUAACACCAGUUCUUGUUUGAUUUAGUAAUAGAAUUAUAUAAAGUAAUUAAAAUAUAUAUCAUUUAAAGAUAGAAAUA